GGGAAAAUUAGCUUCUCAAGAGCCUCUGCUCAAAUUGUUGGUCCUUGCUCUCCUGCUGUACUCAAGUACUUUGUAUACAAAAAAAGCAACGAUGUCAACGAGUGCGAACCCCCAUACUCACCCACAUCCGCAUGCACAAAGUACGAGCCACAAUCCCUGGGGAAGCACAAGUGGCACAGGCCCCCUCGGCACGUCCCUCACCGACACCUUCGGGCAGUCCAGGACGCAAUACCAGCCAGGAUACAUGAUGUCCGUGGCACAACAUAAUGUCAUGUCCCCCAGCGCACAAAAUACAGAUGAAAUCCCCGUCGUGCAGACGAAGGCGAAGAUAAACAAGGGCUUGACUCGUGGUGGGGCUUCGCAUUUCGGUGCUGAGUCGAUGUUUGAAAGCUCGAGCACACAAAGGCAGACGUUCGCAGACAUGGACGCGCCACCGACGAGUUCAGUCAAUGAUAUAUUUCGUGAGGGUUCUUCGUUUGGCGAGUCCCAACGGGCAGUUCUACCUCCUUCGCGUCCCUUCUCCCUAAACUCACCCUCCACUCUGAACAUCUCCCAAUCCAAAAACCAUACCCAACCAGCCACCCCGAACCAAUCGACCUACAUCAUCGUCUUCGGCUAUCCACCAGACAAAUAUUCCCUCACCGUAGAAUAUUUCCGCUCGCUUGGUGCCAGCACAGAGCCCGAGCCUAAUUCGGAGAUCGUAAACGCGUUUAGAAUCGGGUUCCGUGACCCUGGGGAAGCGAUGCGUGCGGUCAGGAGAAAUGGAGAAGUCUUAGGGGGGACUUGGAUGGUGGGCGUUAAAUGGGCUGACCCUGCUCAAGACCUCACGCUCUCCCGCGCACCUGAUUUCAUGGCGUCUGUUUCCCCGUCACGGUCGCAAAUACAGACUUCACAGGUUCCGGAUGGAAAUGCGAUGGCGGUGGAUGGUGCUGCUACUGUGGGGACGCCGAUUAAACUUGCGCCGGCUGUGGCUGCGUUUCGCAAAGCUCCUGCGCCGGCACCCCAGAAAUCUGCGCAUGCCAUGCCUAUACCGAUUGUGAACGCGCAGCAGAGUCCUGCGAGGGGCAUGCUCGGGCAGGUUGGGGAUUUGUUGUUUGGGUGGUAGUGCUGCGAGGGUUUUGAUGGUGGUAUUCGUACUCUUGCUCGAGUGUGUUAUUGUGUUUGUGUUAAAACGUCUUUAGAAGCAUUGAUAUGGAUGCGUCUUUAGAUUUUGUGAACGUGUGCUGAGAUGGUAUGGCCAAACCCAGACACCAUUACUUUUGUGCUACAACGGGCAAGCGCAAUAGUGCCCUCUACCGCUACGACAGACCACAUUGCAC